AUGGAGGCCUUUUACGUCUACCUUUUCAUGGUCGGUGCAGUGGCAGCGGCCGUAUUCGAGUAUGGAAAUCGGCUGGUGAAGGUGACGGCUGCUCCCGAUCUGGCCUUCAGGGGGUUCAAGACCAAUUACCUCGUGGUGUACUCCUUCAUGAUGGCUGGGGACUGGCUGCAGGGGCCGUACGUGUACGCCCUGUAUGAGCACUAUGGCUUCACCCGGGGCGAGAUCGGGCGCCUCUUCAUCGCCGGCUUUGGCUCCUCCAUGAUCUUCGGCACCGUGAUGGGGUCCCUGGCCGAUAAGUAUGGAAGGAAGCGCGCCGCGCUCCUCUACGUCGUCUGCUACACGCUGGGCUGCUUCACGAAGCACGCGCCCAACUUCUGGGUGCUCUUCUUCGGCCGCAUCCUGUGUGGCAUCGCCACCUCCCUCCUCUACUCCGCCUUUGAGAGCUGGGUCGUGGGCGAGCACAACAAGAGGGGCUACAACCCCGAGUGGCUGGGCGGCAUCUUCUCCCAGGCCGUCUUCCUGGGCAAUGGCCUGGUUGCCAUCCUGGCAGGGCUCUUCUCCCACUCCCUGGUGGACACCUUCCGCCUGGGUCCGGUGUCGCCCUUUGACGCUGCAGCCAUAGUCCUGGUCAUCGGGGGUGUGAUCAUCGCGCUGACCUGGACAGAAAACUACGGCGAUUCCUCCGAGUCGGCCAGUCUGGCUGAGUCCUUUGGCAAGGCCUACACCCUCAUCAUGAGCGACCCCAAGUUCGCGCUGCUGGGAGCGAUGCAGUCCCUCUUUGAGGGGUCCAUGUACACCUUUGUUUUCCUCUGGACUCCAGCCCUCAGCCCCAACGGCGAGCACCUGCCGCAUGGCAUGAUCUUCGCCUGUUUCAUGGUGUCCUCCAUGGUCGGCUCUGCCCUGGCCGGCAAGCUCAUGUCGCUGACCACGAUCAAGGUGGAGCGCUACAUGCAGGUCGUGUUCGCUUUUGCUGCCCUUUGCCUCACCAUCCCUGUCGUCGUCCCGCCUGCCAAGGCCAGCAACAGCGAUAGCCUGUCGCUGGCUGGCAAGCUCCACCUCCUGGCCUUCUGCGGCUUCGAGGUCUGCGUGGGCAUCUUCUGGCCCUCCAUGAUGACCAUGCGCAGCGCCCACAUCCCGGAGGAGAUUCGAUCGACGGUGAUCAACUGCUUCCGCAUCCCCCUCAACUUCUUCGUUUGCGUGAUCCUGUACAAUGUGGGGAGCUACUCCUUGUCCACCAUGUUUGGGAUGUGCGCCUCCUUCCUGGGCAUCUGCUUCGCCUGCCAGCGCCAGUUUGCCGUUCUCAUCCACCAGGAACAGGCCGGCUCCCACUUUGAUGAGGACCAGCGUCUGGUGGCCGCCGCCAAGCUGGAGAAAGGGUCCCUGGCCGCUGAGGCGGAGGCCGACGCGGUGUGA